AUGGUGGAGGCGGAGGUCCAAGCCGUGGCAGGACCCAGCUUCGAUUCAUCCCGAUUCGAGCUGUUGAGCCAAGGGGCUGAAGCUAGGGUGUGGACUGGCACCUUCUUGCAGCGCCCUGUGGUCGUGAAGCAACGCUUCCCCAAGGCGUACCGUCAUCCAGCUCUGGAUGCGAAGCUCACACAGCAGCGGCUCAAAGCGGAAGUGAGGGGCCUGCUCAAGGCCCGGAAACUGGGGGUGUCCACCCCCGUCCUCUUCCACGUAGACACAGCGACAGCCUGCAUAUACAUGGAGCGCCUGGAGGGUAGCUCUGUCAAGCAUAUCCUGCACUCGCAGAGCAUGGACGACGCAGCCACGAAUGCGCUGCUGCAAGGCAUUGGCCAGACCGUGGCCAAGCUGCACGACGCGGGGCUGGUGCACGGCGACCUGACCACGAGCAACAUGGUGGUCAGGACCGUGGGUAACAACGAGCUGGUUCUCAUAGACUUUGGGCUCAGCCAGAACUCAUCCCUGCCCGAGGACAAGGGGGUGGAUCUAUACGUCCUGGAACGUGCCUUCUUGAGCGCCCACGCAGAGAAGGGUCCAGAGCUGUUUGAUGUCGUUCUGCAAUCGUAUCGCCGAUCUUCCAAGUUCUGGAGCGCGACGCUGAACCGAUUUGCGGAAGUCCGCGCGAGGGGCCGCAAGCGGGCCAUGGUGGGCUAG